GAAGACGGCCAGCCAUGCCAAAUGUUCUUAGGAAAGGAAAGUUUCGUGAAUUCAGCAGCAUAAUUUUGCGUAUGGGAAAAUGUGCAGUUUGAUAAUGACGCUCCUUACGUUUCCAAAAAAAAAAAAAAACAUAUCCAUGAACGGAUUUUUUUUUUUGCAGUACAUUUAUUGUAUUUACCUAGCACAGUAGCGAUCAAAGUUGCGGCUCGGUGCAACUUCCAUUGCGUUUGGGCAUUAGGCCAGUGUCAAGGCAAUGACUUUCACCACUUCAAACCUUAGCGGUAUCAAGCUAUUACGUACUCUUUAUGCGCUUUCAUAUUUUUCCUGGUUCCCUGUACUAAUCACAUCCCUUCGCUUUCAACAGUAAGCAAAAUGUAUAGAGUGGCAAAACCUAUUCAAAGCUCGAACAGUCUUCAUCACGAGCGCCGAGAAGAAGUGACGACAUGCAUUUCUCACUCGAUGCAUGGUUCCGUGGUUGCUCUCGAUGCAGCUGCCGAUGGAGCGCCGCAGGCGGUGGCCGGGGAACUACGCAUUAACAGGCUUGGUGCUGGCCAGCGUAGGCUGCGCCGCCGUCUGGGCUCGCGUCUAUGACCGCUGCGAACUAGCCUUGGAGCUGCACGACCGUUUCAAGUUUCCCAAGAGAGACCUCGACAAGUGGCUGUGCCUCGCCUAUUGGGAAAGCAGGUUCGACACUCGAGCAUACCACAAGGGCAAAUACGAUGGCAGUGGAGACCAUGGUAUCUUUCAGAUCAACGAUAAGCACUGGUGUCAGCCACAUCAAGGUCACAGCGAGAACGUCUGUAGGAUGCCAUGUUACCUGCUACGGGAUGACAACCUAUAUGACGACAUUGAAUGCGUCAACAAAAUAUUCCGAAGGCACGGCUUCCACGCGUGGAUGAUGUUCAGCCACAAAUGCUCGGGCAACACGCUCGAGUUCUUCAAUGGCUGUGACUUCCGGAUACGACGCGGUGACAUGACUAGUUCGCCAACGGGGCUGCAGAUCACCAUAGAGCCACCUCCCAUCCUGGAGAAGCUGAGCCAACUCAGUAAGGGCAUAUACCAGGCGGGCAGCCACCCGGUGCCCACGCGCCGCGCACCAGAUCCGUCCCCAGGGCCAAGCGCUGGUCCACCGGCUCCACGCUGGACAACCAAGACCAACGUGCCGCACAAGCCGCGCCCCGUCGCCGUUCGACCGCCUAGGCCACAGCCACCGCCAAAGAAGGAAACGAAUGCUGUCUUGCCCCAGAGGCCGCCGCCCUUGAAGCGCUUGCCAGCGCCACCUCCCCCAAAACCGCCGCGCAUGGUGCCUGCCGCUGUUGCCAGGCCUCCGCGGCAGCAAGGACCACGUUUUCCGGCGCUGGCGAGGCCUUCACUCACGCGGGCUCCGCAGCCCCCCAAAACACCCGGCGGCCUGCUUAUUCCACAAGAGUCUGUAGGGCACGCUGUAUUCGGCGUGCCUCCGCCAUUCGUGCCCACGUUACCAGGCACACACCAACGUCGCCCGCCGCCGCCGCCACCGCAUCUCUUGGCCGUGCCUCCACAAGGGCUCGCCAUGUUUGGUCUGCGUCGUGGCCCACCGCCGCUGCCUAUACCUAUCCACGUACCUCCACCGCAGGACCAACAGUCGCCAGUCGUCUACAAGCGCACGAAGACGCGCCGGUUACCUGGGGGUCUCCGGCUACGACCCUUCUUCGGCUUCGCGAGGUCGUCUAGGGCUUUCAAGAAUAAGGGCAAGACAUGACAACACGUCUAGCUCAGUCCGCUCAUGUCAAGUACUGUUCAACGCAGCCUUUGACUAAUGUUACCCAGGGAAUGAAUGACCUGACCGGCCAAGUCAAGCGACAAGUCCAUUGAACUUUCACCUGGACGCAGCACAUAGUGCGCGGCGGGAAGUGUGUCGGGAUUUCGCUCAACAAGCACCUCAUUACCAGUGACUGUCAAGCAUCGAACGGUAGAGCAAGUGAACUUCUGCCGUAUUGACUUUUCAGCGACACGAUGGCAACCACGUAUCAAGUGUACAGGAGGUAACCUGCUUCCGCAAGGAAGUCUUGGGACUGCAGAGGCAUUUGGGUGUAUCAUAACAGAGGCGCGAAGGCUACUGACAUAUCAACCAUUCUUCUCAAGUGAAGAACCGAAGUUCUUCCAUACUUACUUGUUCCUCAUGCCGGAAGUUUUAAGCUGUGUAUGGCAGAGGCGGAAAGCUACCACUUAGGGUCAGUGAGAAGCCGCUGGAUUAGACCGCUGCUAUGUUGCAGCAGAAGCGUUCAUUAUGACAAGGAAUCUGUCUGGUGCAGCUUCAAGCACGUUACGGUGACUGAAUCUCUACUUUUUUAUAAAGUGAAUGCCCAUAUCUUAACGGCACAAAAAUGGCGCACAUACCAGUCCUUGCCGCAAAGCAAGAGCCGUAAGACAUCAGCCGAUUCGUAGUGGACAGUGUAGUUUACUGUGCAGGAGAAAGCGAUGUAUCAAAGUUCAGUGUGACAUUCCUGAAUGCGUGCAUGAUACGUGGCUGACAGGCAUUUUUCAUUAAGCUACGCGUAAGUAUUGCUCAAACAGCAAUGUUGACAUGAGUACUUACGCAGCCUAGCCAAAUGUGAGCUUUCAUAAUCAAGUAAUCUACAUUGUGUCGAGUUACCGUGCAAUUCACUCACACUGAUUUCAAACAGCGAUAUAUUCAUUUCCGCGUUAGCUUGAAGAACAAUUAAAGCAAAGUUAUGUGACCCAUAAAGCAGCUCAACAGGGAAAAUGCAUGACUUGAAAAUUAAUUCCUUUUGGCACAAAAUGACACAUAAAAAGUCCGUAAGGUACCUUUUUGAGCCAUGUAAAGUGCUGACGCUGAAUUUAUAGCAGUGCGACGGAUGUUCACGGGAAAUGGGGAAAUGUCAAAAAUAUUUUGUAGUUCAUCGCGAAGCUUAACACCGUAUAGUCGGGCGGGUAAACUGUUGACAAUGUUGUAGCCAUGGCUGUACAUAAGAUAUAUUAUAUAAGUGUGUAAUUUAUUUUUCAUGUUUUCAACUCACUUCAGCAGCGCGUGUUUCAACUCUUACCAGUUUUUCGUCCUUAUGCCACUUAGUUUCGUUUUUCUACUCUUUGAGAGUGCCAACACGUCAACGCCUUAGUAUUCUUUGUCUCAUUGAAAAUAAAUUACUUCCCAAUGAGCUUGUCACCUGGUUUUUCAUUUUCGCUGGUUUUGGCUAAAAAGGUAGACCCUACGGGGUCUAACGUUACUUUUGACCAUGUUGUAUACAGUAAGUUACCUAUCACCUUGUUUGGGCAUUGCAUACAGGCGUGGUUCGUUCAUCACGCGGUGGCGAUCGUAUCUUCAAAGUAUUACACCAACGUACGCCUCGAAAACAGGUGAAAGCUCAAAUAAGAGACCGUUCGCCCUUCACUCACUGCGCCAGCAGAGAUGGCGAUGCAAGCAUGGUGUUUCCGCGUUGUAGGUGCAGCGUCUGCAGCGCACAAUUAGCCAAAAGCAGAGCACACAAGGCUAAAAUUAGCGUGAGACGCAGAGCUCACAAACGCAACUCUGGAAAUGCAGCACGCUGCAAAAGAAAAAGAAAAAAAAGGAGACGGGAGGUCAU